AUGACUCCCGACAGCGUCAAGCGGACGUACGAGUGCCUGUACACGCACCAGAAAAUACAGAAGAGCAAAAAAUGGCAGGAGGGGUACUGCGAAAUUAUCGCGAGCUACGGAGUCAUCAAAAUCAACCUCCUGAAUCAAAAUAAAAGUUGCAUCGAGAGCUCACUAAGUAACGUGGUAUCCUUCCACAACAUCGAAGAAGAGAUCGAACUACCCAACCACUUGAUCCAGUUCGUGGACGUAAGCAAUUAUGCAGAGAAUGUCAUUAAAAGUGACACCAGCAAAAAAAAGAGAACCCUAUUAUUGUCCACUCCACAAAAUGACGAAACGGUACACACAAAUAAAAAUAAAAAAAACAAAAUGGCAGCACAAUCGGAGGUGAACAACUCGAAAGGAUUCAUACAGAGGGAGACACCCGCAGUAGAUAUUCAAAACGAGGCUACUACAUUCCCCGCUCGUAAGACAAGUAGAUAUGUCCGUGCUAAUAGGAAGUUUGAAAUGCCAAGACGGAUUGAGCAACAAGUGGGUGUAGAGAAGGAGGAGGAGGACCCACAUGGGGAGGCGACACAACAUUUGGAGGAGGGCCAUUCUGGGGAUGACUCAUCAGAAGGAGAAUUCCCAAACAUGGUACAAAAAAAAAAGUCACUCCAUAGAAUCGCAUCACGACAUCUACCCCAUCCCAGUGACAGCCACCAAAGAAUCAGCAUAACCUACACAACCAUACACACGUUUAACAAUAAAAAAAAAAAUGUCAAGUGGUUUGAUGGGUUCCUCGUGCAAAAGAAGGAUCUCCUAGAGCUCUAUAAUAACUCACAAGGGAGACUCCACAUACGGAGUAGGGAUGAAAGUAUGCAAAAUGAGGAGUAUGUUCAGUUUGGGAGUUACAUCGUGUAUAACGAUUUUUGCUUCCACUCUGCUACGAAUCGACAUGUGAGUGUUGGGAUGAAGCCCAGAAGAAUUAAUGGCAUGGCAAAAGGUGGGAGCCUCAGGCAUGGGGGGAGGAUACCUGCUCAGUUGCAUCAGGUGCCGAGAAGGAAGAGUGACGACUCAAGGGGGGAUACCAACGCUCAUGAGGAGGAAGAGACGAAUGAGGAGGUGGAUCCCGGUUCGGAUGCUAACUCUCGUGUCCACUCCUCUGUGCCCGCAGAGCGACGGGAGAACCAGCACCCCUACUCAGAGGCAGUAAGUCUGUUCAACAAAUGCGUAAGAGAGGAGAAGGGGCCCACCUGCCCUUCUGAGGCGAAGCGCAGCCACAUGGAUACUUCACCAAGUAGGAAGAAGGAACUUCGGAGGGAUGACCAAGGAGGGGAGACCGACUCCCCAGGGGAAGCUUCUUCCCAGGAGAGUCGCAUGAAUCACCAACCAGGUGGCAACCAUCCAAAGGACGACCAACCGAAUGAGCGCCGUCGAAGAGACGAGCUGGAGUUCCCUCUUUACAAAAACCCAAGUGGGCGCAGCGACGCGUACCUCUGCUCCGCGAUUAGACAAAAACACAACACAUACGAGGAGAUCAUCAAUAUAGGGAGAGUAGUUAGUCAGAACAACUUUUCGUUGGUGAACCCACAUCGAAAUGUCAUAAGGUUGCCUCUGGGCCUCAAUUUGCUCAGCAGGCGCGUGCCGAGGGGGCUCCCCGCGCGACCGCCUCCGAGCGGUGAGGACAGCGGCCAUGACAGAGAUGGUGACGGGGGCAGCGUGGAGAGGCGACCCUGCGGGAGUGGCACAGACGGUGAGAAGCGACCCUGUGGGAGUGGCACAGACGGUGAGAAGCGAUCCUGUGGGAGUGACAGAGGCGGUGAGAAGCGACCCUGCGGGAGUGACAUAGACGGUGAGAAGCAACCCUGUGGGAGUGACAUAGACGGUGAGAAGCAACCCUGCGGGAGCUCCACGGAGUCGAACUCGAAGGGGGAAGAAGCUGGGGAGGGAGCCACAUCGGGGGCGGAGUGGGACUCAAAAAGUGAGCAGCAUGGUGAGAUGAUCCCCGAGAUGAGCUCCGAAGCGAACUGCGAGAUGAGCUCCGAGGCGAACUGCGUGAUGAGCUCCGAAGCGAACUGCGAGAUGAGCUCCGAGGCACACUGCGAGAUGAGCUCCGAAACGAACUGCGGGAUGACCCCUGAGGAGGUUCCCAAGUUGGAACCCACCGUAGACGGCACCCACUCAAACCCGUACGAAAUAAAAAGCCUGAACAGCUUUGCAUGCACGAACAGCGGGUUCAAUGCCUCCCAGGUGGACCAAGUCUGCAGAGAAAAUUUAUUCCUACCUGUACAUAUCACCAUCUUGAAAGAAAAGGAGGAUAUGAAAAAAAGGGUACAAAAUUUAGGGUUCCAGAGUAUCCCCAAUUUUUUUCUGAACAAGUCAGAAUAUAUUCACUCCUUUAUGAAUGCCACUCUUUUUCAGAUUUAUUACCAAAUUCAAUAUAAAUUACUUUGUCUCCAUGAUUACUUGGUACCCUUGUUGGGUGAGAUGAGGGGGGACCACGUCGGGGGGGGGACCUCCAUCGGCCACAGCAGGAUGGUUGGCCGGGUAGGCGGGGUAGGCAGGGUAGCCACGGUAGGCGGGGUAGCCACGGUAGGCAGGGUAGCCACGGUGGGUUGCACAAAGGGCCAAUCUGCUCAUUCGAGAAGUGGCGGGGGUCUCCCUAGUGGUAGUGGUGCCCUCCAACCUAAUCACCCAAAUGGGGAAAACAACAAAAGGAGGAAAUACAACAACGCGGAGGAUGACUACACGUUGGUGAUUCAAAACGUGGAAGUGAUUUGUAGCUCGCAGGAAGAAACGAGGAGCAUGUUUGGGCGUAAUAAACAGCAAAGCAGAUUCUCAAAUUGGUUCGUUCCAAGGACGGGUACCAAAGGGAAGAGAUUUUUUCUCAGAAGAACCGAAAGAGACGUCCUACUUGUAGAUAAAAAAAAAACACACAAACUGAUAAAAGAAGAAGAAAUAAAUAAGUAUGUCCACAUGAAUCACCUACUCGUCAUGAGUAGAGGCACCCCCCCUGGGUCCUCCGGGUCCUCCGGGUCCUCCGCGUCCGCCGCGUCCUGUGCACCCCCCUCCUGGGUGAAAGAGGACGACUUACUCCUCUUUGUCGCCAAAUGGAACUCCUUCAAGCAGAACCACCUAGAGAUAUACCCCCUAAAUGUUAACACCUUUUCCUACAUGAAUGAAAUUUUUCAAGUUGAGGAAAAUGUCAAAUCGAAGGAAUUUCACUAUUUUCUCAAAAAUUACAAAAUAAAAUUUUUUCCUUUUUGUUUGUUUUUAAUCAAUUUAGGGGAUCAUUUGGAUAAUUUAAAACAUCUUUUUUUUUUUCUUCAAAAUUUCGGAAAAGGAAAAAUCCCUUUCAGUAAGUUAUUCCGUCCUCCGUAUGUACACAGAACUGAUACACUACACCUUGAUGGGUUGCUUCGUCAGAUCGGCAUCAGGACCUCUUCAUGGGGAUCUUCUCCCGAGCUCAUCGACCUGCACAAUGUAGGGACUGAUUACGUGGGCGGCCUUCUUAACAGGCUCAGGAAGGACGGACAGCUGAACGAGAGGCAGAAGUGGGUCAUACAGUGCGUGCUGGCCUGGUUCCGAUGCGGGGGGGAGCAGCAGGGGGGGGAGAAGCAGAUGAAGCGGGAGAAGCGGGAGAAGUGCGAAACGGGGGAGAAGCUGGAGAAGUGCGAACCGGGGGAAACCGCAUCCUCGACCGGCGAACGAAGCGAAGACCAGCUGCCGCCACCCACCCACCGCGGAGACAGCAUCCUCGUCAAUGGCAUAUUCGGGUCGGGCAAGAGCACCCUCAUCUGCAACGCGAUAUGGUACCUCCACAAGGUGCUAACCCGUGAAGAGCGCGGCGCAAAGGGGGGGAAAGGCGGGCGCGUAGAUAACAUCCUGCUGAAGCUGAAGUUCCAUUUUGACUUUCACGAUUACGCCAGAAUUGGAAGCCUCUUCGAGAUCAAUUUUUUCUUAAUAACAAAUUUUAUUAGCAUACAUUGGAAGGACCAGAGGCAGGCCCUCGAGUUGCACAAAAUAAAGGACGUGGAUACGCUUAUCGACGCUUUGAGGAAGAAGAAUCAGUUUGUCCUCCGAAACAAAUACAGAAACAAGAGAGUCAUAGCAGGGACAUGUAAAAGUUUGCAAAUAUUUGAGAAACUAAAUGCAAUAAAAAAAAAUAUUGACUAUCUAAUCGUGGACGAGUGCACCCAGAUAGACGAGCUGACGCUGUUUCAAUUUUUGCUCAAAUUUGAAAUAAAAAAAUUUCUCCUUAUUGGGGACGUGAAGCAGUUGGGCUUUGUCCUGAAGAGUCCUAGCGACUUGACGAGGAGCAUGUUUUCGCGCCUGGUCGAGAACGAGCUGUUCAUAAAGCACCACCUGGCGGGGAGAGAGGUGGCAGCGAGGGACCAAGCUGCAGGUGAUGCAGGUGAUGCAGGUGAUGCAGCUGACACAGACGACGCAGAUCACGCAGAUCACGCAGACGAUGCAGACGAUGCAGACGAUGCAGGUGCUGCUCUUGCGGAGGGCGCGCACGAGCGGGCCAUCGACCGCAUCGUGAACCGAGUGAGAAGCAUGAGCGCGGCAGAAUACUCCGCCCUCAGGAGCUACCUGUACGAUCACAUGUUCGCUCUGCAUGGGGGGGACGGACAACCGUGUAAAGGUGACGAUGUGAAAAUGGAAAAGCGUUCGCCACGAACCCCCCAGGGUGAAGGCAAUCACACGGAGAGAGCACCGCCCCGUGGAGGCAUUAACCACCUCAUACUUAUGAACGAGCAGUUUAGAUGCCACCCUGAGAUCAGCGCCAUAUGUAGUCACCUCUUCUACAAUGGUUUGAUAAAAAAUGCAAAGUGCACAGAGACCAUCCCGCUGAUGUACAAGCGUUACGAAUCUCACGUUAAUUUUAUUUUAUUGAGAAAGACACCCCGAGAGGUGACCUUUGGGCCAUCCUUUACCAACGGAGCGGAGGCGAGCAUCAUAUUAUCGAUCUGUGAGAACAUGGUCGGGUCGUGCAUCGACCCUGAACAGAUAGGAAUUAUUUCUUUGUUCAAAAACCAGGCGUUUUAUAUUAAGAAUAAAAUGAAGGCAUCUCCCAAUUACGCGCGUCUCCGAAAUGUGAAGGUCAGCACUGUGGACUCCUUCCAGGGCGUUGAGAAGGACAUUAUCCUGUUUUCCUGCGUCCUGGGCGGGGUAGGCGGCGUUGGAAGCGUUGGAAGCGUUGGAAGCGUUGGAAGUGUAGGAAGCGGCCGCUGCGAUCAGCCCGCCAAUGCCGCUAACCCCGCCAAUGCCGCUAACCCCGCCAAUGCCGCUGACCUCGCCAACCUCGCUAACCCAGCUGACUGCCGAGAGCGCUCCUUCCAGGCGUUCUACGAGAACAGGAACCGCAUAAACGUGGCGCUGAGUAGGGCGAGGAGUCAGCUGAUAAUCGUGGCCCAGAGCAGCUUCGUGGAGGGCAGUCGGGUGUGGAGCUACAUCAAGUCCCGCGCGAAGGUUUACCACUACGAUUGA